AUGUCGGCGACAGGUACUUAUAGGGGAACCACCAGCCAGAAGACCGUCGGGAGAGGCAGGCUGCCCGACUUCGAGAACGCUCCGGCAUCCCACAUCCCACGACCUCGUCCAGACAGCUCGUCAACGAUCCAAACACCGCAUACCUCGUCCAGUGAUAUUGGGAGUUCCACCAUGAGUGCCGCCAGUAGCCGACAGCGACAGAAUCAGUCGAAGCGCGAUGAGGCGAUCCGUCGAAAAAUGGAAGCGGACCUCAGCAAAAAAAAGCACCAUCCCACCAGAGCCAAUCGCUCCCGGAAGGCUCCUCCGGGGACUGUGCUUGCCCUGAAACCCAGUCAAGCCCUGCAGAUCAAGCCCAAUACCACCGUUGCGGAGGCCGCCCAGUUAAUGGCCGCAAAACGUGAGGACUGUGUGUUGGUGACCGACGAUGAUGAUCGCAUCUCUGGAAUCUUCACCGCUAAGGACCUGGCCUUCCGGGUCGUCGGAACGGGCCAGAAAGCGAGAGAGAUCACCGUAGCCGAAAUCAUGACGAAGAACCCUCUCUGCGCGAGAACAGAUACCAGCGCCACGGAUGCCCUCGACCUUAUGGUAAGGAAAGGAUUCAGACAUUUGCCGGUGAUGGACGAGAACCAGGAUAUCUCAGGUGUUCUUGAUAUCACCAAGUGCUUCUACGAUGCUAUGGAGAAGCUGGAACGCGCCUACAGCUCGUCUCGGAAGCUGUACGACGCGUUAGAAGGUGUGCAGACGGAACUUGGUUCCAGCCAGCCCCAGCAGAUCAUCCAGUAUGUCGAAGCCCUGCGCUCGAAGAUGUCUGGUCCUACCCUCGAAACUGUUUUGGAUGGUAUGCCGCCGACCACGGUCUCCGUGCGAACCUCCGUGAAGGAAGCCGCAGCCCUAAUGAAGGAGCACCACACUACGGCACUGUUGGUGCAGGAUCAAGGGUCGAUCACGGGUAUUUUCACCAGUAAAGAUAUCGUGCUCCGGGUUAUUGCUCCUGGACUGGAUCCGGCCACCUGCAGUGUCGUUCGGGUGAUGACGCCGCACCCUGAUUUCGCUCCAAGCGACAUGAGCAUCCAGGCUGCGCUUCGCAAGAUGCAUGAUGGCCACUAUCUGAACCUCCCGGUCAUGAACGAGUCGGGCGAAAUCGUGGGCAUGGUGGAUGUCCUGAAGCUCACCUAUGCUACCCUGGAACAGAUCAACUCGAUGCAAACUCAAGAUGAAGAAGGCCCGGCUUGGAACAAGUUCUGGCUGUCAAUGGACCAUGAAUCGGACUCCAUGGUCUCGGGUAGCCAGCAGCAAACCCAUCAUCGGUCAGUCCUGAGCCCUGAGUCUGCGAAGCCUAGUUAUGACGCGAGAGACAGCGUUCUCCCGAACGAGUCUGCCUCCCACCACGGCGGGGAUGAGCACUCGGAGUAUAUCGACCACCACCAUCCAGAGCUGGUCCCAUUCCCGUUCAAGUUCAAGGCCCCCAGCGGCCGUGUGCACCGGGUUAACAUUCUUCAGACGGCUGGCAUUGCGGACCUGGUGGCUCAAGUCUCGGCUAAACUGGGCCACGAGGUGGAGGCGGUUGGAGGCGCGGCCGUCUGCGAAGACGGAAGGCUGAGCCAUAUGGGGUACGCCUUGAGUUACCUGGACAACGAAGGAGAUACCGUGUCGAUCACCACCGAUCAAGAUCUGACCGACGCUGUGACUCUCGCACGGCGAUCGCGUCGGGACAAGGUCGAUCUCUUCGUUCAUGACCCGACCGAACCCCCCGUACCCGCCCCCGUCGAACCGCAGCCGGCGCCCCCUAAGCCGGUGGAGGAAAAGAGCUCCCCAACCCCUGAGGAAACGUCGAAUCCCGAGCCCGUGCUGCCCAAGGUCCACGCGCAGAGCUUCCAAUCGUCGCCACUUCCAGAGGAACAGUACAUUGCAGGCGUACCGAACGAUUUGCUUCUUCCGGGGGCGAUUGUGACCCUGGCGGCGGUGAUUGCCGGGGUGUUUGUGCUGAGUCGAGCUACGGCGCGGUGA